CAGUAAUUUCAGUCAGGGAUGUUCGCGGUCAGUCCCUCAUGUGACCGUUGGGGGUCCUGACUCGUGCGGCGCGGUGUGGUGCAGUUCAUCAUGGCGGCGAACAGCAGCAACAACACGAGCGGUAAAAGCGGCGGAAAGCAGCCCGCGCCGUCCGCCGAGCAGGUGGUGGCUACUUUCCAGAGGAUGCGACAGGAGCAGCGCAGUAUGGCCUCGAAGGCUGCAGAGUUGGAGAUGGAGAUCAAUGAACACAGCCUCGUCAUAGACACGCUAAAGGAAGUCGAUCCGACACGGAAGUGCUUUCGUUUAGUUGGCGGUGUGCUGGUGGAGAGGACAGUCAAAGAAGUUCUGCCUGCGUUGGAAAACAAUAAAGAACAGAUCACGAAGAUCGUGGAGUCGCUUAACUCACAGAUGCAGGCGAAAGGGCGGGAGCUGACGGAGUACCGCGAGCGCUACAACAUCCGAUUAGUCGGAGAGGACGACAAACAGGGCAAAGCGGACGCCAGUCAAGCCAAAGAGAGCAAAGGAGGCUCGAAAGGCAGCGCCGGAGUGCUCGUCUCCUAGUGGAUUUUUCUUUAAACGCUGGUUAGAAAUUGUUGGUGCUUUAAUAUUUGCGGAGAGACUGAGUUGGCAUGUUUCUAUUAAGUCUUACAGGUGCCAGUCAUAAAACACGAAAGAGAGUGAAAGGCUCGGUUUUCAUGCACAUUUUGUUAAGACACAGCUCACAACAACACCUUGCCUAUCCGAACAUUUACAGCCGUUCGCACUAGCCAGUGUGAUUUCAACUAAAUAGGUUUCCGUUGUUUGCGUUUCAGUCCAGUUUGUCACAAAUAAAUAGUCGGUAAACAUGUUUCAUGUCUAAACGGACUGUGUAAAUUCACCAUGUCCAAAUAGUUUUUGAGGCUUGACUUUCACGUUCUUCUGCUUUGGGAAGACUUAAUAUUUAGUAAUAGAGUGAAAUGUCUCGUACGGUGGACCUCUGACUGUUGACCGCAGCUCGACUCCAUCGUUUAUCGUGUCACGACUGUACACCUGUUGGACGAAGCCUUUUUAUGUUGGUUUUGUUGCUGUGGUUGUUUUGGUUAUUGAAUUAAAAAUGCAAAAUUGAGCGA